AUGAACCACCAGAGCCUGAAUGUGAUCACAGUGGCGGCCAUUGGCAGCCAGAUGGUCAUGGCGGUGCAGGCGCUGGGCUCCCUGCGCCAGCUGCCGGUGAUUUGGCCGCAGCCCUUCGACCAGGUCCUGGAACUCGUGCAGCUCUUCACCCUGGACCUCGACGUGCUCCGGGUCUCCUGCGUCUACUACACUGAUGGCCCCAUCAUGAAAUUCGUAGGGCGGCUGCUGGUGCUGCCGGUGGGCUUCCUGCUGCUGCUGGCGGCCUGGGUGCUGUGCUGGGUGCGGGGCUACAAGGUGCCCUUCGACACCUUCGUCAACUUCAACGGCAUGAUGAUCUUCUCGCUCUUCAUCGCGCUGACGCUGACCGUGGUGUCGCCCCUGCGCUGCGUGCCGAACCCCGACGGGAGCCGCUCCGUGGCGGACCAGCGGAGCGUGCUGUGCUUCGAGUCCGAGGAGCACUGGACCAUGGUGGCUUUGUCCAUCACCGGCAUCAUUAUGUACCCCGUGGCCAUCCUUGCGUGGGCGACCUACGCCACCAUCACCUACCCCCAGCGCAUGAAUUCCCCCGCGGGGAUUCGCUUCAUCACCCGGUACCGCUUCUUCUUCCAGCGCUUCAAGCGUUUCGAACCCCACAAAACAGCGGCGGCUCCCGCCCCCGACCGCCCCAACCGCCCCAUGGCGCCGGUGGCCUCGGUGGCUCCGCCGCCGGCGGCUCUCGCGCCCUGGGCGCUGCACGCGCCCGAGGGCCUCCGAAACGAGGCCGCGCGCGCCGCGGCGGCGGAGCGGCUCCGGACCUUCGGCUUCGUCCACCUCCUCGGCGCCUGCUGCGCCGCUGCCGCGCUGCGCGCGGCCGCGCGCCGGGCGGUCCAGCGCCUGGCGCGGGCGCGGCACCGCGCGGCGCGGCUGGGCCUGGGGCCGCUGGCGCCCUGGGCGCGGCCCAAGCCGCGGAAGCGGCCGGGCAACCUCUUCCGCUUCCAGGAGGCGGUGUCUUUCUCCAGCGGGCGCCUGGACAUGCGUAUCGCUUCCCCGGAAGAUGAAGGCCCCCUGGCGGUGCAGCAGGAGCUGCUGCAGCUGGGCGAACUGCUGUUCGGCGCGCGCUGCGCCCAGGCGACCCGCGGGGCGCUCUGGAACUUCCGGCAGUCCGGGCCGCCGCACUGGCACCGGGACGGUCUGCUGCCUCUGUUCAAUGCCGUCACUGUGGCGCACGAGUACCCCGAGAGUGCUGGCUUUCCAAAGUUCCAGCCCUACACGCAGGAGGGCGCCAUAGAUGAGGAUUCCCAGCCCGGCAAGGAGCCUCAGGUGCACAAGGGCGAGGAGCCGGGGGCGGCGGUGCCGCUGCGGCCGGGGGAGCUGCUGCUCUUCUUGUACUCCACGAAGCACGCGGCGGUGCCCAACUUCUCGCAGCAGGACCGCUGCUUGCUCUAUUCGGUGUACGGCCCUGCGGAGGUGUGUGACACCGUGAACAUCAAGAAAGGGCGGCCUUCGCUGGAAAGCUACACCCAGGCCGAGGCGGACAUUCUGAAGAUGAUGGCCGACGGACUUCGUUAG